AUGUCAUCCCAACAACUCAGCACUUCCGCCUUUUACUUGGUCGGGCUCUUCGAUCUAUGGGACGGUGUACGCACCCUCGCAAUCAGCUCCGUUGGCGUGUACUGCAUCGCGAAAUAUCUACGCGCUAGUCCGUUCAUGCCAUGGAUUGGUUUCGCCUUCGUCAUGGGUCACAUGUCAGUCAACCAUAUCGCUCGUCAAAUUGCCGACAGCCCUUCAUCCGUCGACAUCACUGGGGCACAAAUGGUGCUCCUCAUGAAACUGAGCGCCUUUUGUUGGAACGUAGCAGACGGGCAACUCCCAGAGGACCAACUAUCUGAUCUCCAAAAGGAGAGGAGGUUGGUUGAACUUCCGGGCCUCUUGGAUUAUGCUGGCUAUGUUCUCUUCUUUCCCGCUCUCUUUGCCGGUCCCGCAUUCGAUUAUACCGAGUAUCGCAAAUGGAUAGACACGACGAUGUUCGACCUUCCCGCUCAGGUCGACCCCUCCAAAAAACCUCCUGUACGCAAGAAGAGGAAGAUCCCCCGCAGCGGAACUCCCGCAGCCUGGAAAGCUGCCAGUGGCCUGGGCUGGAUUGGUCUUUUUAUGAUUCUUUCAAGCUAUUAUCCCAUCACCUAUUUGACCAGCCCCUCCUUCAUGGACCACGGCUUCUUUCGUAGAGUUUGGAUUCUUCACAUGGCUGGCUUCGGUGCUCGGCUGAAGUAUUACGGCGUUUGGUCCUUAACAGAGGGCGCUUGUAUUUUGGCCGGCUUAGGCUACAAUGGUGUUGAUCCUGUCACCGGUAAGGUAUCGUGGAACAGAUUGCAAAACAUUAACCCAUGGGGUGUUGAGACAGCUCAAAACACCCGCGCCUACUUGGGCAACUGGAACAUGAAUACCAACAACUGGCUGAGAAAUUACGUUUACCUCAGAGUGACCCCUAUUGGCAGAAAGCCUGGUUUCCGCGCAAGCCUAACCACUUUCGGCACCAGCGCUCUAUGGCACGGCUUCUAUCCUGGCUAUUAUCUCAGCUUCAUUCUGGCUAGCUUCCUUCAGACCGUGGCCAAGAACUACCGUCGAUACUUCCGUGCAUUCUUCAUCGAUCCCAGCAGCGGUUCGCCGACGUCGAACAAAAUCUACUACGAUUGCUUGUCAUGGGUGGUUACUCAGUUGGCCAUGUCAUUCACUGUGGCCCCUUUUCUUGUUUUGGAGUUGUCUGGGUCGAUUCUUGUGUGGCGCCGCGUUUACUUUUACACCAUUGUAGGCACGGCCGCGUCAAUGGUUUUCUUCGCCUCUCCUGCCAAGCAGGUGUUGAGGAGGAAGUUGGAGGAACGCCAGGGGAAGCUCGGUGCUAAGCUUACGCGUACCUUGAGUCAAGACAGCCUAUCCGGCCGGGAACCAGUACUAGGUGUCUCUGCUGACCUUCAGCGAGAGGUCGACGAGGCUAUGGAGGAGAUUAAAGCCGAAGUCGAGGCCAGGCAAAAGAAGGCUACCUGA